UGGUAGUGAGAAAGAGAACUGUCUUUACUUUUCAUUUUGACAUAUCGUAAAGCAGGUACUGUACAUGAAGAGGAAGAGGAGGAAGAACGUAGAAGAGCAGUUGCCAUGGCAGCGAGAAAUGUUAUUGUGUUUGUGGAAGUGAAGGCACUCCACGUCCCCCAGCAUGAGUGGAAGACGUGGUUUGGUGGAGGAUGAGGCAGAGGAGGUGGAUGGGGGGCCUGGCUUGGCCUACAUGCCCUUUGUGGUGAUGGACGACCUGUUGGACAAACUGAAGCUGCUCAACUAUGAUAAGGAGUUCAUCAUUGAGCACAGGAUGAAGCCACUCAACAGACACUAUUUUGCAAUCCCAACCAACCCUGGGGAGCAGUUCUACCUUUUCACCUCCCUGGCAGCUUGGCUUAUCUGCAAGACAGGCAGACACAUGGAGCCCCCACAGGAAUAUGAUGAUCCAAACUCCACUAUAUCGAGCAUCUUAGACCAUCUCCGGCAGCUGGGUGUGACGGUUGAUUUUCCACCCAGCAAGCUGAAGGCCGGCUGUGGGGAGCAUGCCAUAUUUGUGUUGGACAGACUGGCAGAUUUUGCUCUCAAGAACUCAAAUUUUGUGUGGAAGAAGCCAACAUACCCAGUGGAGGAUGCAGGUGGUGAUGGUGGUGAAGUGGAGGAUGAGUCUGAGUUAACACUGGACAAGGUGGAGGAGGAGAUGAUGGCAGAGUAUGAGGAGCAGGAGGAAGAGGAGGAGGAGAACAUCUUGCAUAUGAAUGACCUCAAGGAUUUGAAUAAACAGAAGGAGGGUGAGGCAUGGCCAGAGGAAAUCCUUCACUCCACCACCACACAGGAGGAGUGGAAGCUGGAGUUGGAGAGAGUCCUGCCACAGCUCAAGGUCACCAUAAGGUCAGACACACGUGACUGGCGUUCCCACAUUGAGCAGAUGCACGAGCACCGAGAGAAGAUCAAUGAGACCCUGACCUUCACGGACAAGCAGCUAGAUGGCUUGCACUCAGAGAUCACCCGCAGCUUGGAGAAGAUUGCCUCUCGGGAGAAGUACCUCAACAGUCAGCUAGAACCCCUUUUGCUGGAGUACCGGAACCUGCAGAAUGUGGCCGCAGAGAGUCGAGAACAGUACAGACAGGCCUCAGGGAAACUAGUGGAGAAGUCACAUGAACUGGCCCAAAUCUCAGAUGAACUGGACCGAGUGAAGCAUGAGAUGGAGGAGAGAGGAUCUAGCAUGACAGAUGGAACGCCGCUGGUGAACGUGCGCAAGGCCCUGACCAGAGUGCGUCAGGAGAUCACCGCCAUGGACGUGAGGAUCGGCGUUGUGGAGCAGAAACUCCUGCAAGCAAAACUGAAAGACAAGUCGAACCUCCAGCGGGACAUGAACGCCCCUGUCUACAACAACAUGGACAUGGGACUCUUCUGAAGGACGCUGUGUACUGCGUGGUGCGUGGUGGACGUCACCUGGUAGGAUCCUUCACCAUACAUUUGUGUGGAAGGAUAUGAAUGAGAGCCUAUCCACCCUAUCCACUAAUAGUCUUUGUAAAGCAGUGGAUAGGGUUGUUAAAUAAAUUGUACACAUUCAUAAUAUUAUUAUUGUUAUUAUUAUUAUUAUUAUUAUUAGUUAUUAUUAUUAUUAUUAUUAUUAUUAUUAUUAUUAUUAUUAUUAUUAUUAUUAUUAUUAUUAUUAUUAUUAUUAUUAUUAUUAUUAUUAUUAUUAUUACUAUUGAUAGUAAUAGUACGUCACCUAUCACAUUUAUGUAUCACACUUUAUAACAAAUAUAAA